AUGGUCGAAGGGAUAGGCAAUCUUUUAAAGCUUACAGAGCUAUACAUUAGCAAGUGUCCUGAGCUUGAGGACUUGCCUAUUCUUUUUGGUCUAAAUAGUCUAGAAAGUAUUACAAUUGAUUCUUGUAAGAAGUUGCAGAGCAUAUUACUGCCAACGACACUCAUCAAACUCACAGUGCGCAGGUGCAGAGAAUUGAAAAUGGUGGCAGGGACCGGCAAUCUUACAAAACAUACAGACAUAUGCAUUGGUGAGUGUCCAGAGCUUGAGGAGUUGCCAAAUCUAGCAAGACUGAGCUGCUUGAAGAGGAUUGUAAUCGAUUCUUGUGAGAAGCUGCACAACAUAAUACUUCCAACUACGCUCAUCAAACUCACAGUGCGUAGGUGCAGAGAAUUGAAAAUGGUGGCAGGGACCGGCAGUCUUACAAAACUUACAGACAUAUGCAUUGGUGAGUGUCCUGAGCUUAAGGAGUUGCCCAUUUUCGCCGGAAUGAGGUUUUUGGAGAUGAUUGCAAUUUAUUCUUGUGAGAAGCUGCACAACAUAAUAUUGCCAACUACACUCAUCAAACUCACAGUUCAGAAUCUGUACAGAGGAUCGCAAAUGUUGACAGCAAUCGAAAAUCUCACAGAACUUGAAGAGUUGUCCAUUUGUGAGAGUACUGAGCUCGAGGAGUUGCCAAGUUUUUCAAGACUGAGCUGCUUGAAGAUCAUUGUAAUCUAUUCCUGUGAGAAGCUGCACAACAUAAUACUUCCAACGACGCUCAUCAAGCUCACAGUGCGUAGGUGCAGAGGAUUGCGAAUGGUAGCAGGAAUCGGCAAUCUUACAAAGCUUACAGACAUAUGCAUUGGUGAGUGUCCUGAGCUUGAGGAGUUGCCCAUUCUUGCUGGACUGAGGUUCUUGGAGAUGAUUGCAAUUUAUUGUUGUGAGAAGCUGCACAACAUAAUACUUCCAACUACGCUCAUCAAACUCACAGUGCGUAGGUACAGAGGAUUGCGAAUGAUAGCAGGAAUCGGUAAUCUUACAAAGCUUACGGACAUAUGCAUUGGUGAGUGUCCUGAGCUUAAGGAGUUGCCCAUUCUCGCCGGACAGAGGUGCUUGGAGAUGAUUGUAAUUGAUUCUUGUAAGAAGCUGCACAAAAUAAUACUUCCAACUACGCUCAUCAAACUUACAGUGCGUAGGUGCAGAGGAUUGCGAAUGGUAGCAGGAAACGACAAUCUUACAAAGCUUUCAGACAUAUGCAUUGGUGAGUGUCCUGAGCUUGAGGAGUUGCCCAUUCUCGCCGGACUGAGCUGCUUGGAGAUGAUUGCAAUUUAUUCUUGUGACAAACUGCACAACAUAAUACUGCCAACUACACUCAUCAAACUCACAGUGCAGAAGCUGUACAGAGGAUCGCAAAUGUUGUCAGCAAUCAAAAAUCUCACAGGACUUGAAGAGUUGUCCAUUUGUGAGAGUCCUGAGCUCGAGGAGUUGCUAAGGUUUUCCAAACUGAAUCGAUUGAAGAUGAUUGCAAUCAACUGUUGUGACAAGUUUCACAACAUAAGACUGCCAACUACAUUGAUCGAACUCAGAGUACAGGGGUGCAGAGAAUUGUCAAUUCUUGGUAGACGGAGCUGUUUGAAGAGCAUUAUCUUUGAGUCUUGUCAAAGGCUGGACAACAUACAAGGUAUUCGAGCAUUGGGAUCAUUGGAAGCAAUCCAGUUUUUAUAUUGCAGCAACGCAGUAAUACACGACUGCAUUCCAAAGUUGAAGCGCGUGCCGUCAACCUUUAUUCAGGUGGUUGGAAAAGCAGCGGACGGAGCGAAGCCAAAUUUAAACCCUGGUUUGCUUUCUGAGCCUUAUCUUCGCCAUUCAGUCAUUUGUCUUUCUCCCGGAGCAAUCGUCAUUGAUUGUGGUGUGGGAGUGGUCAGCAACUCUGCUUCACUUCACACCAUAAACGAAUCCUUUGAAAAUUCUACAUGGAAAUUCAACUUGCGACAAGGAGAAUGGAUAAUUACAAGGAUAAGUAGCCGCCAAAAUUAA